AUCAUCUGAUGAAGUUAACGGAAGCAACAGUCCGAAAGCAAGAGAAACGGAAUAAACUGAACUUCGGGAACUGUAUCUGCUCGUUCAUAGUUGUAUUUACUGUGUAUGAAAGUGUCGAUUCGCAGAUCCAGCAGAAGAGUCGUCGUCAUUCAGUUCAGUUGUCGGGAGCAGCUGAGAGCGUGCAGUUUACCUUUCGAAUCCGUUCCGUGGUCGUUUCAGCAAAGUGAAGUGCAUUGUCUGUAGCCACCAGGAAGACAAGGGGCCAGCAGCAGCGACUCGAAAUAAAUAGCGUGUGGAACAUUUUGCGUCGUCAAAUUUUAUUUUUCAUUCGCGCUGGAUCGAAAAUACGAGGAAAACUAGAUUUCAGUCAUUGACCGUCGUGAAUUGUGUGUUGCGUUGGACUGUGAAGUUGGUGUGUUUUGCCUACAUUGCCACAGGGCCGUCGAUGAAAAUUCCUAUAGCCCAAGACUGCCAGCCAGUGCAUCUCACGUCUUAGAAGCCAUUUUUAGAACCAGUGAAAAACGGCCAGCAAAAAAAAACUUCCUAAAGAAAGUCAGUGCAUCUGCAGUCGUGUAUUGGGAGCAUAAAAGAAAAUCAGCGUUUGUGGCAAUUUUCGCAUCACAAUUGAAGAAAAUAGUCAUAGUGAGUGAGUUCGCAGUUUUCGGUGGGCUGGUGCGGUUGGUCUGUCCAAUUCGCUCAAUCGACACAAACACCAAAUUGUGAAAGUCGCAGUUGUUCAACGAAAUUUGUGCCCAAUCACGGAACGGUAGGCUGAGCAUUAACGCAGAUUGCAGAAGCAGUUUCGAUAUGCCAUUCAUCUCUAAGGACUGGAGGUCACCCGGCGAGGCUUGGGUCAAGACGGAGGAAGGCUGGGAAAAAUUGAAGGUGCUGGAAUGCGUCAAGCGGAAAAGAUGCAUCUCUGAGUGCAGUAGUUCCAGUGAUACGGAAAACGACAACGAAAACGGGGAUGUCGAAAUUCCACCGCAUUGUCAUAUAACGCUGAAAUGUACCCGCGAGAUUGCCGGCUUCAACGGACUAGGAGAGGCAGUGCGAAGACUGGACUUCCGCAGUUCCGUACGUGACGGUCGUCGGUUCAAUUAUGUUUGUGCUCUGCUGCGACUGCUCGUCUCCGGUAAAGGUAUCACAAGUCUUCCCGGUGGAGCUCAGAGGCUGCUGCUACAGAUGUUGGAGGAGGUUGCAACCUACGUUAGCGAUUCCCAGCAGAACAUCAACGUCCUGAGGGGUUUGGUACACCAGCUACGUCUACUAGUCAAUCAGGAGAAUCAGAAGUGCUGGGGAAAACCACUCGGGAGUCAAAGCUUAUGGGAGGGGCACGUGCAAACUAUUCAAAGGAUUCAGAACAUUGCUAGUCAAAUUCAAAUCAGAGAGCCCGGUCCAAAUAUACGCCCAAAGCUACACGAUCUGCCAGAAGAAUGUGUUCGUGAAAUUAUUUUAAGGAUUACCGAUUACAAGGAUUUAGACGCUUCCGCAUCGGCUUGGUCGCUGAUGGCUGCGUUGAUUUCGGAGCAACGCGUUUGGCGAGAGCUUUCUCACUACCAUUUCAACAAACAGCAAAUCGACUUCAUCUUAGAUAAAAUGUGUCUCCAUGAUACCAAGGAACGCCAUCGCAAUUGGCAGGCAAUCUAUCACGCCCUUCGGAAAACUUACGGUGUACCUGAGGAACUGCAAUACGCCGAGAUAUUGGCCUUCUGUCGUCUCUGCCGCUGUCUGUUUUGGCCGUCCGCCGGUCAUCCCUGUAUUGCCGAUCAGUGUCCGGAUAUACGGCAGCGCAUCCGUGAGGCAGGUAACAGUGAUAAUACCGAAACUCAACCGGUACCACCGGCACAAUUCCUCAAAUAUUUCUCGUUGUAAUUUCCGAUGCCAUUAGAAAGAAACAAA